GUUAAAAUGUCAAAUCUGCAAAGUGAGGUUAUAAUAUUUUGAAAUCGUAAACAUAUUAAUAUUUUGUCUAAAAGUUCUAUUAAAAAUAUUACUCUGGUUUAAAUAAUGGUGUCUGAAACAGAAUUAAUACCUUAUCUAUGUAAUUACGAUACCCAAACAAAACAUUUAGAAUCGGAAACAAUAAAACAAUUAUGGUCGGGGACGUGGUCUAUUGAGAACAUUGGCCUUUGUUUAAAAUUGAUAGAUGGAUUAAAGUCUGGCAGCUUAGACGAAACUAUUACAAAUUAUAUAAAUGAGAAUGGAACAUCGGAAUCAGUUUUACAAAUAGCUAUAUCUUUAUUUUUACAAUUUUGUGUCAGGAAUUGGAAUUCACACCCAGAGAACUUAAAUUUAUCAGAAUACUUAGGUGUAAACUGGCCAGAAGCUUUGGAUGUUAAUGUGUUACUACAGCAGGAUUCCGAACCUAUAUAUGUUAAUAUAGUGUAUCCUGAAUUAUUGUAUUUUUCUGGAAAAAUAUUUUCUACUCUAUGUUCUAUUGAGCCAAGUUGGUUGCAUCUCUGGUGGAAUCUUCGAAUCUUGAGUACACAUCAGAGGGCUCUUGAAGACACGAGCGCCUCACUGUAUAAUGAAAGUGAACUGAUUAUAGCCAAACUCUGCAAUGAAUCCCAGAGGUUUGAAGAUCGUCGUCUCAAAGUACUGCUGUACAUGGAGAUUGCACAAUUAUAUUUGCUGUACGCUAGAGUUCAAAAAGUUGAAGAGUAUUUAUUAAAGGCGCGGGAACUGGCUGGAUUGAAACUUGAAUUGACAGGUAUCCUUGGCAAGAGGACGAAGUUCCAGCAGGAGCUAAAGGCGCAGUUAGUGUUGACGAGUGAGCUCGACAACAAAAUGAGUCGUCCAUCAGCGGAACAGAGUCACGGUGAUUCUGAACUUCCGCCGGAUAUAGAGCUCCAGGAUGACGUGCGUCUCAACAAGAUCCAGUACAAUGAGAGCGUCACACAAGCUGAACUACCGAGCCUUGAACAAACUCUUUGUUUACUGACUGUUCAAUACCUUCUUAAGUCCCAGCCAAAGGAUGAGUUGAUGAAGGAGGAGCUCCAGCCUUACAUAGAAGCGAUCCUAUCACAAGCGAAGGGCCCCUGGUCCACUCGAGUCGAAGCGCUCCUCAUACGAUGCAAACUCGAAUCUAAUCACAAGAGAACCGUGGAGCGAUCAAUGUUACAGUGCGAGACCAUAGUUAAUGACAAGUCUAGCGUCGCCCCUACUACCAGACUGUCCUACCUCUGGGCGGCUGGUCUCCAAUUCGCCUGGUGCUGGAGGCAGGAGCUGGGGAAUUUGUAUCUCAGUAUGGGCAUGGUGAAGGCAGCGCUUGAAGAGUUCCAGCGGUUACAACUGUGGGAAGAUGUCAUAGUAUGCUACACUAUGCUACAAUUGAGGCACAAGGCAGCAGAAGUAAUACAACAACAGAUAGAUAUUAAACCCACAGUGAAAUUAUACUGUCUCCUCGGCGAUGCCACAGACGAUGAAGAUUGCUACUCUAAAGCGUGGGAAUUCUCUGAACACAAGAGCAGUCGCGCUCAGAGACAUUGGGGCAACUUCCUGUUUGAUCACAAGAAGUACGAAGAAUGCAUUCCUCACUAUGAGAAAUCGGUUGAGAUUAAUUCCAUACAGGAGAGUGUUUGGUUGAGAUUGGGUUAUGCGGCCUUGAUGACGGAGAAAUGGGAGUUAUCAGCGAAGGCGUACAGGCGGUACACGUAUUUGCAACCCAAUACCUUCGAGGCCUGGAAUAAUCUGGCCAAAGUGUACGUUACGAUGGGAGACAAACACAGAGCUUACAGAGCUUUGAUGGAGGCAUUGAGAUUCAAUUAUGACAACUGGAAGUUAUGGGACAACGUUAUUAUGGUCAGUAUGGACACCGGGCACUUCGAUGACGUCCUGCGAGGUAUUCACAGGAUGCUGGACAUACAACACAAGUAUGAAGAUGUGGAGGUACUGUCCUUGAUGGUGAGGGCCAUAGUACAGGAUAAUAAAGACGCUGAUGGCAACAGUGCCGCCAGAUUACGAAAACGCACCCUGGAACUGUUCGGAAGAAUAACAUCCCUGCAUCAAAAUAAGCCGGAGCUGUGGCAGCUGUAUGCCGACCUGAGUCCUACUGUCCUGCUCAAGGCACAACGCUUGCAGAAAGCUUAUAAAGGAUUCACACUGAAUGGUGAUUGGCCUAAUAGUGCAGACACAUGCAAGAAGGUACUUAUACUUCUGGAACAGCUGCUUGAAUAUAGCCUUAGAGCGAGACAGGAAGCAGAAGAGAAAGAUUAUACCCAGGCCAAUCAACAGCUGUCCUCAGCUCGGCUCACAGGUCAGGCUGGUGUACGUGCAGCUGAGAAACAAGACUGGCCGGAUACAAAGGAACAACUGGAAAAAGUUAGAACAUUGUUGAAUAAUGUCACAGAUUAUAUGAAAUCCAUUAUGUGCAUAGUUAGUGAGUUGUAUUCUAAAAUGGCAGCAUCAAAUGAGGAAGAAAUUUUGGAGGGUUUUCUGUGUCCAAUUUGCAAAGCAGAUUUAAAAUCAGCUAGCCAGCUUACCAAUCAUUUUGAAAGCUUGCACCAAGAAGAGCAGGACGUUCUCAAAUCAUUGAAGGAAAUAUUUGGUAAAGCAAAGAAGAUAAUUUUAAACAAUGACGAUACAGAUUUGAAGGAAACCUUUGAUCGCGCCUUGAAGUUCAGUUCCCAAGAACAAUAUUAUGCUAGGGAGGAGCAGACAGUUGGAGUGUCGCGAAGUUCCACUGAUUAUUUCAAGGCUGUUCGUUCAGCUAGAUUAGAGAGAUAUGCCACGGAAACUAAUAAGUUGUUAAUAAGAUUAGAUAAACUGGUAUGUAAUAUGCCAAGUGAUCCAAACCAAAGGAAACAGUAUGAACAGGAAGUUGUUCCUUGGUUGGAUGGGUCGUCUGUGAAGUUAUGUCCAAACUGUGCUAAAGCUUUCAACCUGACGAGGCGGAAGCAUCAUUGUAGACUCUGUGGUUCAAUUCUAUGCCAUGACUGUUCAGUGUUCUUAGAUUUAAAUGUUGCUAAAACAAUAGUGGAUCCGUCUGCACCUCCUCAACCAGAAACAUCAGCGGUCGAGAAGUUUGGUCUCCGUCUCUGUGAACACUGCUACAACCUGAUUCAACUCCGACGGCAGAUUCAAGAGAACAGGAAUGUAAAGACUGUGUUAAUGUCAGCCUACGAACAGAUGAGGAGCUUGAUGGAACAAGCUACGCCAGCCGUUGAAAUGUAUGAGAAGAUGUGUCAGAGUUUGUUUGACGGGGAGACUAUAUACAGUCUGUCCGAUGUGAACGCUAUGCGCGGUCGUAUAGGGAAGCUGGCUGAGGGUAUCGAUCUGUUGAGCAAGCACAUAGCGAGCCUGCCGGUACAGCCGGGGACGAGACAAGCUAAGCUCCAGAACUCUAUCAGACAGGCCUCCGCACACUAUAUCAAGGAGGAGUUGGUCUCGCUACGGAAAUUGCCAACAGAGGCUCAAAUAGAAGAAGUUAGGAGACACCGGUACGAGCGGGCCCAGAAGCAGAUAGAGUUAGAAAGAGAACGGAUAGAGAGGGAAAGAGAAAGGAGAGAGAGGGAGUGGGGGGAGGAGGGGGAGACGAGCGGGGGCAGGGUCCAGCAGCACGACGAUGAUAACCCGAUCCUAGAGCAGAUGAAUAUUAUAAGAGAUUACAUCAAAGAGGCCAGGAGAGAACUGAGGUUUGAAGAAGUGGCAAUACUAGAGCAGAACCUCAAGGAUCUGAAGAAGGAAUAUCAACUUCAGAUGCUCUCAAACAAGUCCUAGUCAUUCCUUUAUGAUAUUAUAAUAAUUAAUUAAUAUAUUAUAAAACGUUUUAUAUUUAAUUAUUGCUGCUUAUAAUCUUAUUUAGAAGUAAGAAUAAAUACUUCAAUGCUAAAAAAUA